AUGGAGCCCACGAGGCGCAGGGAGUCUGUUUGCAGGAACUUGUUUGGCCCGGUGGACCACAGCCAGCUGCGCCGGGACUUGAAGCUGAAGCUUAAGGAGAUCAUUGAGCAGGACAGGCGGCGCUGGAAUUUUAACUUCGAGUGUGAAACCCCGCUGCCUGGCCGGUUUCAGUGGGAGGAAGCCGCACGGCCGAAGGACGCUGCCCACCGUUCAGGUGGGGACAGGCCGAGCGACGGCGAAGACGGCGCAGGGACCGACCAGGAGAACUGCUCCAACAUCACCAACAAGCGCAAGAGUCCCACUGAAGAGAUGCUCCACAGGCUCUCCAAACCGGCAGCCAGUAUCAAAGACAAUGCACGGAUCACAGAUUAUUUCGCAAAGAGAAGGAGGACAACAACAACCAAGAGCAUCCCGAAUCAUUUUCACGUCGGUUCUAAUGAAGCAGCUCUGCGCAAGACUUUAAGAUGAACAUGCAGCUGAAAAUGACUAUUUGUUUUCAUGGACUUGAUCCCCACAACAAAUUAUUUUAUUUUAUUUUAUUGUAUGUUGGUGGAUUUUAUUUAUUCUUUUUUUUUUCUUUAGCAGUUUUUUUGGGGUUUUUUUUGAGAUUGCAUCUCUUAUUAGAAUAUUUAUUCUAUUUAUGGAUGUUAUGAAUGUUCUUCACUGGCAUUUAAAAAAAUCUGUUAUACACUCGUGCUGC